AUGAACGGUGUUCAGGAUAAUGCUAGAUAUGAUGGACUCACUGACCAGUCUAAUCUGUCAAGAGGACCAAACAAUGUGGAUCUAUACAACGAUUCCGAAGCAGAUUUGUUAUUGGACAAUGAAGAAGAAUAUAUUCAUCCUUAUUCGGAUGAAUAUGUACUUUUAGAGAGGAAGAUGCGUAAUAGAUUAUCUUUUUUCUUUAUGAAUCCAAUUGAAAAAUGGAAAACAAGAAGGAGGUUUCCAUACAAAUUUGUAAUCCAAAUUAUCAAAAUAAUAUUGGUUACGCUUCAACUUACAUUAUUUGCUCAUACUCGUUACAGUCAUGUGAACUAUACAUGGGGAAAUAGAAUUACAUUUUCACAUUUGUUUAUUAAAGGAUGGGAUCCAGCACGAGAAAUAGUCUCUUAUCCACCUGCACUGGGGCCACUAGCUAUUUAUAAUAUUGAAUCAUUUUAUUCAACAAUUAACUAUGCCGUGGUUGGUUAUGCCAACAUCAGUAACGCAAUAGGAUCAUACUCAUAUCUAAGCGAAGAUAGUAAAGUUGUGCAUCCAAUAUUUUGUACUGUUCAUUAUAAAGAAGGUAGUGCGUUUGGUUUCAAUGAAAGUUAUACCUUUGAUGGAGAAAUAAUACAAGAAUGCCUGAAUGUCACUAUAACAGAUGAUAUAAAAACUAAAGGAUUUUCAAUCAAAGAUUAUCUAAUUCAACAUAAUAAGACAAUCUAUUUUUCAUCUUUAUUAAAAGCUAAAUUAAAAUUUGCAUUAAAAACUGUUAACUUCAGAGUUGCUGGAAAGUAUUCACCUCCCGAUUGUUACAAAUUCGAAAUUCAAAUAACAUUAAACAAUGAAGAUAUGGAUGGUCAAGUGUUGGUAGACUUGGAUGUAAAUCCUUUUAGGCUAAAUUGUAAAGGGAACGUUGAAUACAUCAUGGAUAACAAAGUCGAGUCAUUUUUGAGAAGUGUAUUAAAUUAUUUUGUCAUCAUAGUGUGUACUAUUUCAAUGAUACUAUGUACAAGGGCUAUAUUGAGAGCACAGCUACUGAAAUAUGAAACAGUAAGGUAUUUUGAAGACAUGCUAAAGUCGACAUUGAGUUAUAGAGCACGGUGGGAGUUUUGGAAUUUGUGGUAUAUAAUGAUAAUUAUCAAUGACAUACUGAUUAUAUGUGGUUCAGGAAUAAAGGAACAAAUAGAAAAAAAGCAAUUUAUUGGCGACCAAUGGAAUUUAUGUAGUGUACUACUUGGAACUGGAAAUUUGCUGGUCUGGUUUGGAGUUCUUAGAUAUCUAACAUUCUUUAAAACUUACAAUGGUGUAAUAUUAACAUUACGGCAAGCUUUUCCAAACACUUCUAGGUUCAUUUUAUGUGCGAUUCUAUUGUAUGCUGGCUUCACAUUUUGUGGUUGGUUGGUAUUAGGACCUUAUCAUAUGAAAUUCCGGUCGUUGGCAAGUACAUCUGAAUGCUUAUUCUCUUUAAUUAAUGGAGAUGAUAUGUAUGCCACAUUUACAAUCAUGGCUACAAAAUCCUCAUUGCUGUGGUGGUUUAGUCGUUUGUACUUAUAUUGCUUUAUAAGUCUGUUUAUUUAUGUGGUUAUCAAUCUCUUUCUAUCGGUAAUCAUCGACUCCUAUGAAACAAUUAAGAACCAACCACCUGAUAAUAAACCCACAACUGACCUGGAAAAGUUUAUGGUUGAAGGUACAUUUCCUACAUCAUCAUUUGAUAUAACAGAAGAGACUGAUAAUUGGGCACAAGUAUCAUUUGCCCAAACAGUUAGGAAAAUAUUUUGUAGUUUUUGUAUCGAUUUCAAAAAUUUACGCCAAACAUGUUUGUUUAUUAAUCAAAGAAGCCGACAUUUAAUUAUUUGA